AUAAUCGAUAUGUCUAGGGUUUUUCCACAUAAAAGCCGGAUUCUGUAACUCCAAACCCUAGUGAGAGAGAGAGAGAGGAGGCGCUAGGAAGAAGAAGAAGAAGAAGAAGAAGAACAUCUUAGCCAUGGGUGCUUACAAGUACGUUUCUGAGUUAUGGAGGAAGAAACAAUCCGAUGUGAUGAGGUUUUUGCAGAGGGUGAGGUGCUGGGAGUAUCGUCAACAUCCUUCGAUUUGCCGUGUUACCCGUCCUACUCGUCCUGAUAAGGCUAGGCGUUUGGGAUACAAGGCCAAGCAGGGUUAUGUCAUUUACCGUGUACGUGUCAGACGUGGUGGUCGUAAGAGGCCAGUUCCAAAGGGUAUUGUGUAUGGUAAGCCAAAGAACCAAGGUAUUACCCAACUCAAAUUCCAGAGGAACAAGAGGUCAGUUGCUGAGGAACGUGCUGGACGUAAACUGGGUGGUCUCAAAGUUCUCAACUCUUACUGGAUCAAUGAGGACUCUACCUACAAGUACUUCGAGAUCAUUCUUGUGGAUGCUGCACACAACGCUAUCCGUAAUGACCCAAGAAUCAACUGGAUUUGCAACCCUGUUCACAAGCAUAGGGAACUUCGUGGUCUCACCUCAGCUGGAAAGAAAUACAGAGGUCUGAGAGGCAGAGGACAUUUGAACACCAAGGCAAGACCAUCACGAAGGGCAACCUGGAAGAGAAACAACACCGUCUCUCUCCGUCGUUACCGUUAGAUUUGAGUUGCUAUAUUAUCUUGUUUUGGAAUCUAGGAGCUUAGUUGCCAUCUUGCUAUGCAAAUUAUGAAUACUCUAGUACAAUUUUGUGGUUUUAUAGAUUUCUGUUGCGACUUGAUGCUUAAAUUUGGUACUAUCUUUUUAUUUAAGCAGAUGUUUUGGGUCAAGGGUUAUUACGGAAUGAUAUCGAUCCCCAUUGCCGGUCUUUCAAUUGUUUC